CUGUCCUACAUCUUUACUCUGCAGUCACACAUGCUAAGCAUUCUGCUGAAAUUGAAAAGCUAAAUGCUUCUUUUGACCAUUAUCAGAUUUGAGUUUAAAAUCUCGGAAAUCGAAUAAACUAUUCCAUAGGAGGAGGAAAAAUAAUUGGCAGUAUGCUAAUCAAUAGGCAGUAUUUGUAUGAUCCAACUGUUAUAUAAACUGCUAACUACCUGCUUGGGGAAGACAAACACUUGAAACUUCCAGCAUUGGCUGUUAGUCUGUGGAACCAACUAAGUUGAACACUGAAGUUUCAUCAUGAGGGACAGAAAUCACUUGCCUGUUUCUCAUGUACUCCUUUGGUUGGCCAUUUCUAGCAUAUUAUCUACUGUAUCACCAAUGAGGAGCCAUUUGAAGCCAAGUGAAGUUCUGAGACAUGGUGGACAUGAUCCUGGCCUUGGCCAUUCUUACAGUUCUUCACCAUCUACAGCUAAUCAACAUGGUUCUUACAUGCCUCUUUCAAAAAAAUUCAACAUCCUGUUCUUUGGAGCUACUGGAGAUGGAGUUGCUGAUGAUUCAAAGGCAUUCAAAGCAGCAUGGAAAGCUGCUUGCUUGGUUCCCAGAGCAACCAUAGAGCUGCCAUCAGAGUUCAAAUUUCUUGUUAGACCAGUCACUCUUCAGGGCCCUUGCAUGCCUCACCUUGUUCUCCAGAUAGAUGGAACUCUUGUGGCUCCUUCAAGUGUGGCUAAAUCCAACCUCUAUCAAUGGAUCAACAUAAAAUGGCUUCAUGACUUCACCAUACAAGGAAGUGGUACUGUAGAUGGUCAGGGUUUUGUACUGUGGAACAUCUCUGAAAGCCACCACAUUGAGAAAGAGACCAAAUAUGGAUCAUCUAUGAGACCAACUGUGAUCAGGUUGUACAAGUGCUACAACGUUACGGUCCGCAACAUUCGGAUCAUCAACAGCCCUUUGUGCCAUCUGAAAUUUGACAGCUCUCAGGGUGUCAAAGUGAAGAACAUUACAAUUUCUUCACCGAAAGAUAGUCCCAACACUGAUGGCAUUCACCUUCAGAACACUCGAGAUGUCGAGAUCAAGCACUCUGAUAUCGGAUGUGGUGAUGACUGCGUCUCAAUACAAGCUGGAUGCUCUAAUGUUCAUAUCCACCAUCUCAGAUGCAGCCCAGGUCAUGGAAUCAGCGUGGGAGGGCUGGGGAAGGGAAGUAGCUUGGCCUGUGUCUCCAACAUCUCUGUUAACAGUGUCACCGUCCAAAAUGCUCUAUCUGGAGUAAGGAUUAAAACAUGGCAGGGCGGCGUAGGAUCGGUCAGGAACGUGUCGUUCUCCAACGUGCAGGUCGUCGACGUCGAUGUGCCGAUCGUGAUCGAUCAGUACUACUGCAACAGGAGAUCAUGCGGGAACAGGACGGAUGCAGUGGCUAUCUCGGAGGUCACGUACGAGAAGAUAUCAGGGACCUACAGGUUUCAACCCAUGAAUCUGGCCUGCAGCGAUGGCAUGCCAUGCACCGGCGUAGCACUAAGGGACAUCGAGCUGUCGCCGGCGAACGAGACUCAAGUUCCUAGAGAGGCCUUCUGUUGGAAGUCAUACGGGGAGUCGCAAGGUCUCCUUCACCCGCUCAGCCUUGGUUGCUUGCAGAGGCCUACCAGGUUGAUGAAGGCCCAGAUGAAGUCUCACAAUGACACUUGUUACUACUGAUGAGGAAGAAAACAAUUGUUGUGUGAGUUGAAACGUGUUUGGCAAGAUCUUUACCGAUCUAAAUAAGCAAUGUUACGGUUCAACAUCAACAUCUGUUCAUGAUCAAACAAAUGAAGAGAGAACUACGGCAUGCAUCUCACGCCUGAUAGUUGUGGCCUCGUUCCUGUUUAGCCAUAGACACUAGAAGGAGUAAGAGAUAAGGCCUCGGAUCCAAUAGGCGAUGCACUGGAAAUCUGACAUUUCUCGCUCGUCCAACUGGAAAUCUGAGCCUCAUCAAACAAGAAACUUAAAUUUGAUUUAUAUUAUAUCUUGAAGAAGGGAUAAAGAGAUAAUACCACUUGACACUCAAACAGGAUAUGAGAAGCAAACAACCUAAAUCCACCACCUAAAGCACUUCUUCUCAGCAAACAUGUCAACAACAAGAGGAAGAAGGAGCACAAUUGGUUCAUGCAGAAACAAAAAGGCGAUGGUAUGAAGCAUCUUUACCUGCCUGCAAAUUGGCUGAACAAUUCUCAUGUAUCAAAGUGUUUUCUCCUGAAACAAUUGCAAGUAUGCACAGAGAGAGAGAGAGAGAGAGAGAGAGAGAGAGA